UUAAAUACUGUAAAAAAAGAUGGGAAACCUAUCAGCAUAAUUGCAAAUGUAGUUGAAAGGAUAAGGAUAGAGAUAUUUAUUGGAUCAAAAGCAACAUGCUAACCUUAAACAAAAGGGAUGUUCUGGUUUAAAAUAGAUAUUGAAUACACUUUAGAAUCAGUAAUUAAAGAAAGCUGUAGUGAUGGUCAAAAAGUUAAAGUGUCGAUCGAUCCAAAAUCUAUCAUGUUUAUUCUUGGCUCUGAAAUGGAUUAUGGAUUAGAAAAAUUCUCAUCGGGUUUUGUUUUCAAAAAUCUUAAUGAGAAAGGAAAAUAUGGUUGUGGGGAGAGACUUCGCAUU